CAAGCCCUAUAUAAUUGAAAUAAGGUCACUUACAAACCUCCGCUCACUGGAGCCAAAACAGUAUAGCAGAAGCACUGAAAUAUAAACCAUGGCUAUACUCCUUUCCAAAACACACUGCACAACUCACCAAUUCUACUCCCUUUUCCUCGGCGGCCGUUACUUCAACGCCACCGUCACCGCCAGCGCUUCCAUCGUAAAGCGCUGGCUAGACUCCACGCUCUACUUCAGCCGCAAAUACGUCUACCGUAACUGCCUUGUCGUCGGCCUCGGCGUUCAUUGGACUCCUGGCCCCGACGACCCGCCGGCGGAAACGCUGCAACUCUGCGUCGGCAGCCGGUGCCUCAUCUUCCAACUGGAGCACGCCAACCGCGUACCGAGUAACCUCCGCACCUUGUUGAACAAUCCUAACCACACUUUCGUCGGAUUCUGGAACCAGUCUGACCGGCGGAAGCUCAAGCUUUCGAAGUUUGAGUUGGAGAUGCACAGCGAUCCUCUAGAUCUGAGGCUGUUCUUCCCGAACCUUACACAGGCUUCGGUUGAAGAGAUCGUGAUGAUGUGUCUCGGUUACGAAGUAUCCCAACGGAGGGAGAAUAGCUGGAGCAUGUGGUAUGAUUUUGUUCUCAGUGACAAACAAGUUACUUACGCCGCAGUUGACGUUUACUGUGCGUUCCUCAUCGCUAGGAAUUUCAAAGUCCGGAAUUUCAAUUAAUGUCAACAACAAUAAUACUUCAUUACAGUGAUGAAGGUAGAAGUGGUUAAGUUCUCGGAGACUGCAGUAAAUCUGGCAGCGUUUUUUCAGAUUUCACUCACGGCGUCUUUGUUCACAACGAUUGGAAACUCCUGUGUAGAUUUGUAAUGAAAGUGGG